AUGAGAUGCUCCACUCUACCAGACAUCCAGGUACCCACAACUGUCGUCCGAACAACCCUUUUUGGUCAACCUUCACUCCGAUGCCCUUUGACCUUUGCUCGGGUCUUCUGCACGUCUGACUCACUCCGACCCCGAGUCUACCAUAAAUCGGUCAUGGCUGGAGGUCUCUGUCUCUAUCCGAUGAGAAUAAAGGCCGUCCACGCAAAAUCAUCUUCUCGUCUUCGUAUCUGUUGCCAUUGCCUCGAAGCCACUUAUGGAUCGUGCUUGGCCGACACAUCAGCUCUGUCUCCAGGGCCUGAGCUUCUCAGAGAGCGGCGGCGGGCACUCCCUUCGCUCUGCCUCGCAUUUCACACUCUUCCUUGCCCUCAGCUGCAUUCGUCUACCGCAGCUCUCCUCCUCUGA